CCUCUCCGCGGGCUCCAACCUCCGCACAGAGCCUCCUCAGAUGAUCUCAAAAAGGAGAGAAAGAUGACUAUGAGGGCUCACGAGUUCCCUUCCUGGAUCUUCAUCAACGAAAGAACAUUCAUUACCAGAGACCAACUUAAUUCUUUAUUGAAGACGUAUAACACUUUUUAUGGGAACCAGAAAAAUCUUCAUAUUUUAUGCACACAGAUGCAGAUGACUGGCCCUUUUGAUGAAACUGACCGGGAUCAUUUUAAACCCAUAUUGAGUGAUUGCCGUGAUGUAGAAUCCCAUGUCGAGGAUUCCACAAGUAUGAACUCAGUUAGUCCUCAUAAGAACCCUGUCCUGCCUCAUGCACACAUUAGCCCCACUUCCAUGAUGAAGACACUGAGGGGAAUGACGCGCUGGGGAGAGUUUGAUGAUCUGCAUCAUAUCAGUGAGCUGGACAGAAGCCAGAUUCCUGGGACAGAAGCAAAGGGCGCUAAGGAAGAAUACUUAUCUCACUAUAGCAGUACCUUGAAGUCUCAUACAGAAGAAGAACCAGAGUCCCCACUGCUCUACAGAACCAUGAGCGACGCAGCCUUGGUGAGAAAAAGGAUGAGGCCUCUCAUGAUGGAGAGAAAAGACAGAUGCAACCAGAGGGCCUCCAUUAAUGGACAUUUCUAUAACCAUAAGACAUCCAUUUUCACUCCAGCCUUUGAAUCCAAAACUAAAGUCAGGGUAAACAGUAACAUGAGAACUGAAGAAGUAAUAAAGCAACUUCUCCAAAAAUUCAAGAUUGAAAACAGUCCCCAGGAUUUUGCUCUCUACAUUAUUUUUUCAACGGGAGAGCAGAGACGGCUUAAGAAGACAGACAUCCCUCUACUGCAGAGGCUCCUACAAGGACCUUCGGAGAAACAUGCUCGCAUUUUCCUCAUGGAUAAAGAUGCGGAAGAAAUCAGCAGUGACGUGGCUCAGUACAUUAACUUUCAUUUUUCUCUCUUGGAAUCCAUUCUUCAAAGAUUACAUGAAGAAGAAAAAAGAGAGAUUCAAAGAACAAUAACAAAAUUCAGGGCAGAAAAGGAUAUUAUUCGGAGAUGUCUUCAAAGUAAACGGGUAGGACAAACAGAGACGACAGUCUAGCUUCGCAGGCCACGGUGGCCAUUGCGGGCAUGGAACGGGACGAGACGACACAGGGCUUUCUCUGUGGUGCACAGAGUCGCUACGAGCUGGCACCGAACAACAACACCCAAUUGCUUAAAACAUGUCACCAAGUUAAAGAGCUGUUGCUAUUUGACGAAUACACAAAUGCCAUCCCUACAUCCAUACAAAUAUGUGUCUCCAUCCCUGAGUCCGUAGAAAACUGAAUAGCCACAAAACGUGCCUCUUAGAAGUGGUGGGGCUAACUAAGGUUCACGACUGGAUGAAAACGAGCUAGACUUUAGUUGCAGCAACUGACAUGAGCUUGAAUACUGUGUAUUCCACAUGCUUUUGAAGGGAGAAUACGCAAUGACCUUGAACGUAAAUGGCAUCCUCAGGCAUGAUGCAGUGUAAGUUGCUUUUAGCAGCAACUCUCAAGAGAACGGAAACACCAUGGCCCGAUUCUCAGAAAUGGCUCAGAAGUAAAAAGUGCCAGUCCUUGAACUAAAAAAAGAAGCACAUUCUUUUUUUUUUUUCAAGAACUUGCUUUAUUAAUGGUUGUUUGUUUAUUUGUUUUUGCAGUCAUAUCUUUCCUUCCCAGCACACAGUAACCUUUUUUUAAAAAAAAAUAAUUUUAUUGGGGGCUCAUAAAGCCCUUAUCACAACCCAUCUAUCCAUUGUG